AGUGCCUCUCUCGCUUUCUCCGACCUCACCGAGGAGAUGCUGGACUGCGGGCCGAGCGGCUUCGUGCGCGAGCUGGAGGAGCUGCGCUCCGAGAAUGACUAUCUCAAGGGAGUCACCCACUAAGCUGACCAUAUGAAUCAGCAGCGCCUGCCCAUGUCCUGUGAGCAGACAGAUGUGAACAGAGAGAACCCCUGACUGGCCGUGUUUGGUCCCUUCCCUAGACUGAAGAAUCAGAUAAGUUCUAUACCUUUUCCCACAUUCUCCCUGGGGAUGGUGGGUGAGGGGUAUCUGAAGAGAAGCUGGAAGUACCCCUCCCCCUGGAAGCUUCCCCUGGGGUGGGGGCAGCAGAGUGGAUGUUCUCUCCCCUGAUGGAAACAUGUGGAUGAGAAAUAAGAGGUCCCCCUUCCCAGACCCUUUAUUCCCAUUUUUGUUGGGGAAAUGGAGGCUUAAGAGUUGGUGGCCAGAUUGCGGUCCCCUCUUCAAUGGGGACCCACAAAGAGCCCUUUUUGCUCCUUGGGCCCACCUCCCUCCUCUCAUCAGCACUGUCCUUGGGGGCUUUCUCUUACUCCUCAGGGGCGCCUUGACUCAGUUUCCUUUUUUAGUGCACGAUCUGAUUUAACCCAUUCAUUCACAUUAACAGUAGGCACUGUUUUCCCCAUUUGUGACUGAGUUUUCACAUCGGUAAAAUAGAUGUAAUAAUUAUACAAUUCUGCCUUUGGGGCUUCCCACUGACCCCCUUACACUUCAGUGUCUGAUGGUUGUUUCAUAUUGGUACAUCUUUUUUGUUGUUUUUCAUCUAACUAGGCAUGCAUUCAUUCGUUCAGUUAGUAUUUGUUGGUAGCCUGCAGUGUGCCUGGCCCCAGCUGGGUGUGGAGAUACAGCAAGGAAAAGAGGCAGACGUGAGGUGGCCCUCCAGGCGCUCAGUCUUCCGGGGAGACAGACAGGCUUUUAGAUAAAGGCUUACAGACAGAGCUAAUGGUUAAAAAGGGGAAGUGAGGAUCAUCUGGGAGCUGGUGACAGAAGUGGACAGGAGCUGCCCUGAGGAAGUGAGGUCACCACCAAUGCUUACUUAAAACCCAAACCCAGGCUCCUUACUCAGCCGUUUCAGGCCCAAAUGGCUGGCCCCUGUCCGUUUCCCCAGCCUCAAGGUACCCUCUUAGCUCCCAUGGCCUCCUCUGCUUCCUGACACACUGAGCUCUUUCCUGCAUCUAGGCCUGCACUCGGGCUUCGCCACUGCCUGGCAUAAUCUCUCUCUGGCUGUCUCUGCAUGGCUGUUCCUCUUGUUCCUUGUCGUCUAAGAUACCACCACCUCCCAUCGCUCUUAUAACACCCAGUCGAUUACUCUGUUGUUGUUGUUUUCCUCAUAGCACUUAAUGGUAUCUGCAUUUUUUAAAUUUGUUUAUUAUGUGUCUCCUUACUGAGACUGGGGGCUCCAUACAGAAGGGUCAGUGUUGGUCUCCACUGUGUCCCCACCCCCUCCCAGUGCUUAGCACAGGGCCUGGUACAUAGUUGGUACUCGGAAGUGCUUGUUGAACGAGCCUUUUCUGCUUCCGCAGUGUUUUAGUUUCCUAUGGUGCUGAAGGAAAUUACCACAAAUUUGUGACUUAUGUAACAACACACUGUUAUAGUUCUGGAGGUCCAAAAAACCACACCUGUUGGCAUUGAGUCGAUUCUAACUCAUAGUGACCCUAUAGGACAGGGUAGAGCUGCCCCAUAGGGUUUUCAAGGAGCAGCUGAGCUCUUAAUCACUAUACUACCAGGGCUUCUUUUGCAGGUCAGAAAUCUUAAAACCAAAAUCUAAGCAGGGCUACAUUCCUUGGGAAGGCUCUAGGGGAGAAUCCGUUCCUUGCCUUUUCCAGCUACUAGAGGCUUCCCACUUUCCUUGGCUUGUGGCCCCCUUUCAGCAAUGGCAGCAGCCCAGCCUCUGCUUUCAUCGUCACAUCUCCUUCUCUGACUUUCACUCCCCUUCUUCCUUUUUCACUUAUAAAGACCCCUGUGAUUACAUUAAGGAGUCCCAGCAUGGCCCAAAUGGUUAAGCACUUGGCUACUAACCAAUAGGUUGGCCGUUUGAAUCCACCCAGAACCAUCUUGGAAGAAAGGCCUGGCAACCUACUUCUAAAAAGAUCACGGCCAUUGAAAACCCUAUGGAGCAGUACUACUCUGAAACACAUGGGGUAGCCGUGAUUCGGAAUAGACUCCAUCCUGAAGGUAGUGGUGAUUACAUUAGGCCCAGCUGAUAAUCCAGGAGAGUCUCCCCAUCUCAAAAUUCUUUUUUUUUUUUUUAUAAUUUUUAUUGUGCUUUAAGUGAAAGUUUACAAAUCAAGUCAGUCUCUCACACAAAAACUUAUAUACACCUUGCUACAUACUCCCAAUUACUCUCCCCCUAAUGAGACAGCCCACUCUCUCCCUCUACUUUCUCUUUUCGUGUCCAUAUUGCUAGCUUCUAACCCCCUCUACCCUCUCUUCUCCCCUCCAGGCAGGAGAUGCCAACAUAGUUUCAAGUGUCCACCUGAUCCAAGAAGCUCACUCCUCACCAGCAUCCCUCUCCAACCCAUUGUCCAGUCCAAUCCAUGUCUGAAGAGUUGGCUUCGGGAAUGGUUCCUAUCCUAGGCCAACAGAAGGACGAGAUCGAGGAGCUGCGGGCAGAGAUGCUGGAGAUGCGAGAUGUCUACAUGGAGGAGGACGUGUACCAACUGCAGGAGCUGCGGCAGCAGCUGGACCAGGCCAGCAAGACCUGCCGCAUCUUGCAGUACCGGCUGCGCAAGGCCGAGCGUCGCAGCCUCCGUGCCGCCCAGACCGGCCAGGUGGAUGGUGAGCUAAUUCGCGGCCUGGAGCAGGACGUCAAGGUCUCUAAGGACAUCUCCGUGAGGCUGCACAAGGAGCUGGAGGUGGUGGAGAAGAAACGGAUGCGCCUGGAGGAGGAGAAUGAGGAGCUUCGGCAGCGGCUCAUUGAGACUGAGCUGGCUAAGCAGGUGCUGCAGACGGAGCUGGAACGACCUCGAGAGCAUUCCUUGAAGAAAAGAGGAACUCGCUCCCUGGGGAAGACAGACAAGAAGCCUUCGGUGCAGGAGGACAGCGCAGACCUGAAGUGCCAGCUGCACUUUGCAAAGGAGGAGUCGGCCCUCAUGUGCAAGAAGCUCACUAAGCUAGCCAAGGAGAACGACAGCAUGAAGGAGGAGCUGCUCAAGUACCGCUCGCUCUAUGGCGACCUGGACAGCGCCCUGUCUGCCGAGGAGCUGGCCGAUGCCCCCCACUCACGUGAGACGGAGUUGAAGGUACAUCUGAAGCUGGUGGAGGAGGAGGCCAACCUGCUGAGCCGCCGCAUCGUGGAGCUGGAGGUGGAGAACCGAGGGCUGCGGGCUGAGAUGGAUGACAUGAAGGAUCACGGCAGCAGCUGUGGGGGGCCAGAGGCACGCCUGGCCUUCUCCGCGCUAGGUGGCAGUGAGUGCGGGGAGAGCCUGGCGGAGCUGCGGCGGCACCUGCAGUUUGUGGAGGAGGAGGCAGAACUGCUGCGGCGCUCCUCAGCUGAGCUUGAGGACCAGAACAAGCUGCUGCUAAAUGAGCUGGCCAAGUACCGCACGGAGCACGAACUGGACGUGACGCUAUCAGAAGACAGCUGCUCCGUGCUCAGUGAGCCCUCUCAGGAGGAGCUGGCAGCUGCUAAGCUGCAGAUCGGUGAGCUCAGUGGCAAGGUCAAGAAGCUGCAGUAUGAGAACCGCGUGCUCCUAUCCAACCUCCAGCGCUGUGAUCUUGCCUCCUGCCAGAGCACGCUGCCGAUGCUGGAGACAGAUGCUGAGGCUGGAGACUCUGCCCAGUGUGUGCCUGCUCCCCUUGGUGAGGCACACGAGCCCCAUGCUGCUCGGCUCUGCAGAGCCAGGGAGGCCGAGGCACUGCCUGGGCUGAGGGAGCAGGCCGCCCUGGUCAGCAAGGCCAUCGACGUCCUGGUGGCUGAUGCCAAUGGCUUCUCAGCUGGCCUCCGGCUGUGCCUGGACAACGAAUGUGCUGACUUUCGGCUGCAUGAGGCCCCUGACAACAGUGAAAGCCCCAGGGAUACUAAGCUCAUCCAUGCCAUCUUGGUGCGGCUGAGCAUGCUUCAGCAGGAGCUCAAUGCCUUCACACGAAAGGCAGACACUGUCCUCGGGAGCUCUGGAAAGGAGCAGCUGGAACCCUUCUCAUCGCUGCCUGCCUUGGGCUCCCAGGGGCCUUCCAAGGAGAUUCUUCUGGCCAAAGACCUCAGCUCAGACUUCCAGCCACCUGACUUCAGGGAUUUGCCAGAAUGGGAGCCCAGAAUCCGAGAGGCCUUCCGCACUGGCGACUUGGACUCCAAGCCCGACCCUAGCCGGAACUUCAGGCCUUACCGAGCUGAAGACAAUGACUCCUACGCCUCUGAGAUCAAGGAGCUGCAGCUGGUGCUGGCUGAGGCCCAUGACAGCCUCCGGGGCCUGCAAGAGCAGCUCUCCCAGGAACGGCAGCUGCGGAAGGAGGAAGCUGACAACUUUAAUCAGAAAAUGGUCCAGCUGAAAGAGGACCAGCAGAGGGCGCUCCUGAGGCGGGAGUUUGAACUGCAGAGUCUGAGCCUUCAGCGGAGGCUGGAGCAGAAAUUCUGGAGCCAGGAAAAAAACAUGCUGGUGCAGGAGUCCCAGCAGUUCAAGCACAACUUCCUGCUGCUUUUCAUGAAGCUCCGGUGGUUCCUGAAGCGCUGGCGGCAGGGCAAGGUCUUGCCCAACGAGGGAGAUGACUUCCUGGAGGUAAAUAGCAUGAAGGAACUAUACCUGCUGAUGGAGGAGGAGGAGUUAAACGCCCAGCAUGGUGAUAACAAAACCUGCACGGGGGACAGCUGGACCCAGAACACGCCCAAUGAGUACAUCAAGACACUGGCUGACAUGAAGGUGACACUGAAAGAGCUGUGCUCGCUGCUCCGGGAUGAGCGCCGUGGUCUGAUCGAGCUUCAGCAGCAGUUUGCCAAGGCCAAGGCCACCUGGGAGACCGAGCGGGCAGAACUCAAGGGCCACACUGCCCAGAUGGAGCUGAAAGCCGGGAAGGGGGCUGGAGAGCGGUCAGGGCCCGAAUGGAAGGCAGCCCUACAGAGAGAGCGUGAGGAGCAGCAGCACCUGCUGGCUGAGUCUUACAGCGCUGUCAUGGAGCUGACGCGGCAGCUGCAGAUCAGUGAGCGCAACUGGAGCCAGGAGAAGCUGCAACUUGUGGAGCGGCUACAGGGUGAGAAGCAGCAGGUGGAGCAGCAGGUGAAGGAGCUGCAGAACCGCCUGAGCCAGUUGCAGAAGGCUGAUGACACCUGGGUCCUGAAGCACUCAGACCUGGAGAAACAGGACAACAGCUGGAAAGAGGUGCACAGUGAGAAGACUCAUGACAAGGGGGCUGUUUCUGAAGCUGAGAUUGGGGGAACCAGCUUAAAGAGGACCAAGUCUGUUUCUUCGAUGUCUGAGUUUGAAAGUUUGCUUGACUGUUCCCCCUACCUUGCUGGCGAAGCUGCGCGGGGCAAGAAGCUGUCCAGCAAUCCUGCCUUUGCCUUUGUGAGUCCUGAGUCAGUGGACCCAGAGAAGGAUGCGAAGGAAAAGCCUGGACUAUCACCACGGGAUUGCAACCACCUGGGUGCAAUGGCCUGUCAUGACCCGUCGGGGAGACAAAUGCAGCGCAGCUACACGGCUCCCGACAAGACAGGCAUCCGCGUCUACUAUAGCCCCCCAGUGGCCCGGCGCCUGGGUGUCCCUGUGGUCCACGAUAAGGAGGGCAAAAUCAUCAUUGAGCCUGGCUUCCUCUUCACCACGGCCAAGCCCAAAGAGUCGGCUGAGGCAGACGGGCUGGCUGAGAGCUCGUACGGCCGGUGGCUGUGCAACUUCUCCCGGCAGCGCCUGGAUGGCAGCUCAGGGGGCGACCCCUCGACUGCUGGGCCCGGCUUCCCAGCGUCCCUGCAUGACUUUGAGAUGUCGGGCAACAUGAGUGACGACAUGAAGGAGAUCACCAACUGUGUGCGCCAGGCCAUGCGCUCGGGCUCGCUGGGGAGGAAAGUAAAGAGCACGUCCAGCCAAACGGUGGGCCUGGCCAGUGUGGGCACCCAGACCAUCCGCACAGUCAGUGUGGGCCUGCAGACUGACCCACCCCGCAGCAGCCUCCAGAGCAAGAGCUGGUCACCCCGCAGCUCCUCGCUCGUCUCUGUGCGCAGCAAGCAGAUCGCCUCCUCCCUGGACAAGGUCCAUUCGCGCAUUGAGCGGCCGUGCUGCUCACCCAAGUAUGGCUCACCCAAGCUUCAGAGGCGCUCAGUGUCCAAGCUGGAUAGCACCAAGGACCGUAGCCUGUGGAACCUGCACCAGAGUAAGCAGAACGGCUCGGCCUGGGCCCGCUCCACCACCACGAGGGACAGCCCCGUCUUGAGGAACAUCAACGACGGGCUGUCCAGCCUCUUCAGCGUGGUGGAGCACUCGGGGAGCACUGAGUCUGUCUGGAAACUGGGUAUGUCUGAGGCCCGGGCCAAGCCCGAGCCUCCCAAGUAUGGCAUUGUGCAGGAGUUCUUCCGCAAUGUGUGCGGCCGAGCGCCAAGCCCCACCUCCGUGGCAGGGGAGGAGAGCACCAAGAAGUCGGAGCCCCUCUCUCCUGCCAGCUACCACCAGCCAGAGGGUGUGGCCAGGCUCCUGAACAAGAAGGCAGCCAAGUCAGGCAGCACUGAGGAGGUCAGGCCUACCCUGCUCCCCCAGGUGGGGAAGGAUGGUGUCCUCCGGGACGGAGACGGAGCCCUAGUCCUUCCCAAUGAGGAUGCUGUUUGUGACUGUAGUGCCCAGUCUCUCACCUCCUGUUUUGCCCGGCCAUCCCGCUCUGCCAUCCGCCACUCUCCUUCCAAGUGCAGGCUGCACCCUUCAGAGUCCGGCUGGGGUGGGGAGGAGAGGGCAGCCCCCCCCAGCGAGUGACAGAGCACCUGAGUGCCCCACCUCAACCGGCCCAGCCCUGAACAGCAGAAGGGAAUCAGCAGAGACACCAGAGACAGUGAGGGGCCUGUACUCUCAGCAUCGUCUCGCCAUGGAAGCAUAACAGCUACACCACUGCCAGAAGACAGCUUUCACAUCAAGGUAAAGCAGGUCUCCUGCUGACCGCCGGGUGGUGAUCUCCAACUUCCCAGGGAAGGCAGUGAGUGGGAGAAAGACCAAAACUGGGCUUUGGAAGCAUCUACAGAAAGAUACGUCGGAACCCAUUCCCGGGGUCCUAAGGUGGACUGGGCCAGCCUUGCCUGGUUCUACCCCUCACCCUCCUGGAAGAUCCGAGGAUGGGAUACACUUUUGGCCAUGCCCCUUGGGAAAAAGGGCUCACAGAGCUGUUCCAUGACAACCACACACCCCUUCCCUGGGAGGGGAAACAUCGACAAGAAGACCAGGCUUUGCUCUAGGAUCAACUCGUGGCUCCUGAAGGAGCUGGGCACGGUGUCCACCCCUUCCUUCCCUUCACCACCUCCUCCUCCCAGCCCUGCUGCUCUAGAUUGCUGUGACUCUAGGGGAUAUGAUAGGGCAGUACCAGGGCCGAAUCUCCGCUUGGAAUCCCGGAGCCCUGGAUCUCCCUGCUCACAGUCUGGAUGCAGCAAGGACCAGGAGAUGAGGUAGGAACAUGUGGCGCUCAGGGUCGGGAGCCAUUGGAACUGCCACCCUUGCCAAGGUGACUUGGGGGAGCCCCAAUUCAUGGGCAACUCUAUGAGGACAGAAACAGGUUAGAGUCAGUCUUAAGACCUGGUGCAGGCAUAAAGGCCUAAAUGCUCACUGCCUUGGCCCUGGGCCUCUUUCUCAGCAGCCUGAAAGGGCACCACAUCUCCACUGUGUUUACAUCCUGGGGCUGGUGGAGGACAAAGAUAUUCCAGUAAGAGACUUCUGAUUGGCCAGGCCAGGCCAAGGAGAGCUCCAAGAGGUCAGUGCCCCAGGACACGGGAGUAAACUGGGGCUUGAAAGUGCAUUUCUCGCCUAGACUGUUUUUGAGUUUUUCUUAUUAUAAAUAUUUAAGGUGGUUUACUUUAUUUUAAUAAUUUAAUUUACCCCAAAGUUCCUAAGGUAAUUUAUUGGAGUUUGACGUGUAUUCUCGCCACUGGGACAAACUGAAACUUCUGACACAAUGGACAGGCUUGGGAUCCCCUAUGCGGACGAGACAGCUCAGCAUCCAAGCUCAGGUCUCCUGACUCAGGUUUGCAGGAACUCUGCAGCCUGAUCCCCCAACACCACUGACCAUUUAGCCUCCAAGAACACCUGGUACUUGCCCAACCCCGAGCAGUCAGUCUGUCAAUGCUUGCUAACAGGGUGCAGGGCUGGACUGACAAACCCGUUGCCGUCAGGUCGAUUCUAACUCAUAGCAACCCUAGAGGACAGAGUAGAACUGUCCCAUAGGGUUUCUAAGGCUGUAAUCUUUACAGAAGCAGACCGCCACAUUUUUCUCCCAAGGGGCAGCAGGUGGGUUCGAACUGCUGACCUUUUGGUUGGCAGCCGAGCGCUUAACCACUGCACCACCAGGGCUCCUUUGGACUGACAUACCACCUCCCAAAUCCUCUCCCAUUUCGCUUCUCAUUUUUCUCCCUCUUUCUGACACGUUUUUUAAAUGAGUCAACCGUGGCUUACUCUGUAAAGAGCAUGGAGAUCCCUCCAAGUUCCCUGAGUGAGAACUUGCAGGAAAACAGGACUGAACUUCCAGAAUGUCAUUUAUUGCAGCUUUGCGCAUGGAUCAGAGAGUAUCCACCUGGCUCAUUUCUCACCAGCCUGCCAGCCUUUCCACCGGCCUGUCUCCUUAGCCUUAUGGCUCCUCACAGCUCUUCUCCCUGCUCCAACACCACUGCCCACCCUCCCCCACUUGGCACGUGAACUGCCCGGGUGAUCAGACGGAUUAUGAUCUGAGUUAUUGCGAUAUGGCCUCCCCCUUGGUGCCAGCGAACCAUUUUGGUUGCACACAUGCCCACAUGCACACAGCAGUCCUGUAACUCCUGGGGACCCGGAAUAAAAACACCAGGCUGAAAGGACUUGUCUGCGGAAUUCCACAUUAGGAAGACCAAAAGCCAGCAGCUUAGCUAGCUUUCCCCCAGGACUCAAGAGACACCUCUGCACUCCUGACUCCUACCUGCCAUCUCCUUGUCCUGCCCUUUAAGGGUCACUUGGACCAGCUACCCAAAGUCCUUCCUCUUCUUUCCCAUCAGCAGAACAUCAGGACCAUGCCAGUCUUACCAGCCUCACCCUUGUGCCAUUGUGACUUGUGUGGGCCGAUGGAGCCAGGGGCCAAUUCCCAGAGGAUGCCACUGCUCCCCACCCAGUGAGAUCCAGGAGGCCCCUUAAAGGUUACCUCCAGGUGACAGGAUUCAUAGCAGGCCAUAAGUCACCAGAAGCCUUCUGCCACCUCCCAGAGUGGCAGAAGGCCAGGGAGGCUGCACUCCCAGCCUUGGGGAGAAAUCCCCGUGAGACCUGAACCCUGCAGCCUACGGACCGCUCAGCCUUACCAUCGUUUCGUCCAAGAUUGUCCUUGCCAUCUUCGUUGUCUCAACACCCAGGCCCCAGCCCCCAGUCAGUGUCAGGGGCUCCAGCUCUCGGUUUUCUGUAAGCCCCCGUUUCUAGCUUCUGCAUGCUGCUGUGCAAGGUCACUCAUCACCGUUCUUACAGAAGCCUCUGGACAUGGGGCUUUAAUAGAGUUGAAAAUGUUACGUGUAAAUAUUGGUUUGAUUUGAUUUUUAGCAUUUUAAUUGGUAACUGGUUGUGUUUCUUUUUUGGGGUGGGAGGGUUGGUUUGUAAAAACUCUCUACUCUUUUGGAAUGUAAUUUCUAAGUUUGGUUUGUUCCUUCAAAUGCCUUUUAAGUCUUGGUAACAUUCCCAAAGCAGAAAACUGCCUGACCCACAGUAGGGAUUUCCCUGGAGGUUUGGGGUCCCAGGAAGGAACACGGCCUUUCUCCCCUUUCUCACUACCCUUCUGCCUUUUUACACCUAACCCUCUCCUCUUCUUCUGUCCCUCUUCCUCCUUGCCACCCCCACCCUCAUUCCCACUCUCUACAACCAAAGUCCCAAGGAACACUGGGGCCCCAGUCUCCUAGAGUCCCCUUGGCUUGGGUCCAUGGGUUGACACCAGUUGCUUGAGGGGAAGUGGGGGGCCAAUUAGCAGGGCUGACUCUAAACUUCCCAUUUCUUACAUCUGACCCUUUCCCAGAGCCAAAUUAGGCCCUCCUGGGAGAAAUGGUGUCUGUAUCUGAGAUGAAAAUUAAACCACUUUUGUUCAUCAGUGGGCCUUAGGCCGUGCAUGCAUUAGGUGUCAGAAUCCAAUUCCCUGUCUCCCUGCCAACCCUUUCCUCCAGCUCUUUUUCUACUAAAGGCUGACCUAAUUUAAAAGCACCUUCAAAAGGUCUUACUUUCUAUAAACUCAAAAUGACCUCCUCCUUUGGUCUCCCAGAAACACCCCUCUACCAGCUGCCCUCCCAGGUGCCAUCCUACAUGUCUGGCUUUUGUUGACAAGGCCAAGGGCCCAAAGACUUGACCCUCUUACACCCUGACCCCUGAAAUGGCUCCAUCAUGCCCACGCCCAUGUACCUUUCAUGGUUUUAUCACCCAGCCUGUUUUCCUCCUCUUGUACACCCAACUUCCAGGCCCUUCCUCCUUCUCCCCUCCCAUCCAGAAUAUCCCUCCUCUUCCAGCCUCACCAGCCCUCCUAACUCCCACUACCUCUUUGUUAAUAAUAAUCCCCCGCACAUCCCGCCUAGAGCACUUUACUAUUUAGAAAUUACUUCCCUAUCCCGCAUCUCCUUCAGACCUCUUGCGAACAGCUCUGGGAAGCAGCCUUGGAAGGACAGGGGUUAGUGCUCCUAUUUCAAAAUUGAGGAAACUGAGGCUCAGGUGUCAUCCUAGAGUCGCACAACUGGAAAGUUAUUGAGUAUUAGACCAGAACCUUGGCCAUCUGGAUCCCCCAGUUCAACUCUGUCUUGCUGUGCAAACCUACUGCCCACAUGCCCCACUGCUGGCUUUGUGUGGGUAUAAAACACACAAAAUAUGCCUUCGCCCAACCCAGACAUGAAACAAAUCCACUCCAAAUGCCUGGACCUGCAUGUCCCAGAGGGUGUUCUGCUUGCAUCAGAAUCUGCUGAAGGCUUGUUAAACAUACAGAUUCCUGGGCCCCACCCCAGACUUCAGGGCCAGGAAUCUGCAUGUUUAACAAACCCCCAGGGAGACCUUGAGCACCACUGGCCACACCAUUUAUGUUCACAGCCAUCUUUCUUUUCAUCAAUAGCCACAAUGUUGUACGAUGCUAUAUCUUAAAAAGAGUACUAAGCUGAGAGUUUGGGGCCCUGGUCCUCAGCCCAGCUCUGAUUUGUUUUAAUAACCCUGAGAAUUUCCCAAAAACAUCAAAAGCAGUUUACAAUCUUAAGUCAUAUAUGUUCACCAAGACAACAGAAAUAGGAAGUCAAAAAGCAAGAAGAAUUAUUCCCCAAAGCUACCUGGUAUUAUUACCACAAUCAUGCAAUUAAAUUUUAUUGUUGAGUUACCUGACAGCCACAGUAAAAGGAGAAACACAUCAGGUUGUGUAACUUUCAUCAUCCAAUCAUGGGAAGCAAGCAUGUUUGCACCAGGACACAAAUUCUUCUGCUACUAAUUUAUAGCAUGUGUCCUUCAAUGCACUGAGCCAGUUGGUGUUUCAGCAGGUGAACCUAAGAUAACCUGUUUUCCAGGUGACUAUUUUUUAAAAAUAUUUAACUGCCAGCAUCCUGAAUGACCUUGACCAGAUCAUGUGGCUUUUGUAUGCCUCGAUUUCCCCAGCUAUAAAGUGGGGAUAAUGCCCUUCCUACCUCAUGUGGCUGUGUGGUCAGGACCAGAUACAAUACUGUGCCUGCGAGUCUACUUGGAAAAGCAUAAGGUUCUGCAUAAAUGUAAAGGGGUCUGAGUUAGACCAGCUCCUCAGUGUCCUGGCCCUGGGGGUGACACCAACACCACCCCUCUCACUGAGUCUUAGUGAGUAGAAAGGGGCCACAAGAUCAUCUGGACCAACCCAGACUGAGGUUGAGGACUCAGAGAAGGGAGCAGCUCACCCCAGGUCACACAGCAAACCAGAGGCAGGCCAGGACUAGGACCCAUGUGACCUGGCUGCCAGCAGGUUCUGCAUCUCCAGUGGUGAAUGAGACCCUGCCCUUCCUUUCUGUGGUCUUAGGUGAGUCCCUUCCUCUUUCUGAGCUCAGUCUGUUUGCCCUCUUCCUCCUGGCCACUCUCUUUUGUAUCAUUUUCCCCCAAAGCUUCCCACCCUUCUGCCUGCUCUUCUUUUCUGGCUGGUUCCUGCCAGCAGACUGAGUGGCCCAGGUCCACAGUAGGUUUUCCUCUUCUGGAUCCCCAGCUUACUUGUAGCAUCUCUCCCUCGGUCCUCCCAGAAUGGCCAACCCAGCACUGCACCCCUCUCCUGGAUUUUCUUGUAAUCCCAGCACCCCCCACCCCCAGGCCCUCACAUUCUUGCCCUAUCAGAGAAGUACCUGUGUCUAUGGUCUCCCAACUCCAGUGUUUGCCGUCAGAUUGGGUGAUGGUUCCUGGGUUCUAUGUUUAUAUUUUCUCCCACCAAAGGGGCCCCUUCCUCCAAUGCCUCAGGCAGCACCAGCCUGGCCUGCCCUCAUUGAGCUCCACCAGUCCCAGUCCUGAGCCACAUUGUCUUCUUUGUCCCCUCAAUCUCAGCACUUCCCACCGAGGAGGGAGAGGCUGUCUGUCUGUCUCACACCCCUCCAUUUCCUCUGCUCUUCCCUGAAUCCCACCACCUACAGGACAGCUUAUCCUGAGAGAACCUAUAGCUAACCCUGGCCCUACCCAUCAUCCCUCCCAACGGUGUAUGUAGUCUGCAAAGUCCACAGGCCCAAGAAGCAAAGGGGACUGGGGACAUGAUGUUGGGCCUGAGUUUCCCACCACCAGCCAGCCCUGCCCACCCUACCUUACCCUCCUUAGACCCUCCACUUUCCCUUGUCUACCCCAUCAGCCCUGGUCCCCUCUCUUCCUGCCCUUCCCCAGCCCUCUGGACACCAGUCCCCAAGGAAAGGAGCUUCGGUUUCCUCUAAGUAUCCUUGAAAGGCCAUGACAGUGCGAGCCUAGCUGCCUUGUCACACCCCAUUCUGAAGCCACUCAAACUCCUCCUAUGGAGAGGGACCUCGGCCUCAAGACUAGAGACCUGGCCCAGGUCUGGGCAGAUUUCUUAACUUCUCUGAGCCUGGCCCGCCCAAUUCUAGAAUUCUGUGACAAGCACCAGAGUGAUCCCUCUGAGCACCCUUCGUGUUUUGGGGGUCUUGUAGCACCAUCCCCUUUCUGCUGGGCCCUGGUAUCCUGGCUCCUCUCUCAGCUCUGCCACUGAUCUCUGUGCCUUAGUUUACUUCUCUGCACAGGGGGCUCACUACACAACCAUCCCCAGCAUCUUCCCAGAUAUUUUGGUGCCUCUGAGGCUAGGCCUUGCCAGCCAUGCCCCAGGUCCCUAGUACUGUCCAGGGGUGCCAGGCUGCUGAAGUUGAGGAGGUCAGAAGUAUCAUUCUAGCCAGUGUUUCUCAAAGCAUGGUCCUGGACCAGCAGCAUCAGCAUCACCUGGGAACUGUUAGAAAUGCAAAUUACUGGUCCCACCCCAGACCUACUGAAUGGAACCUGUGGGGUGGGGCCCAGCAAUCUGGAUUUCAGCAGCCCUCCAACUGGAGUUUGCCAACUGCUGAUCGAGGUUAUCAGUUAGUGCAGCCUAGGAAGGGUCUGGGAUUGACCUAGGCCAAGAGCAGGUAGAAACACCAACCUCAUCUGGACUCCUGAGAGAUGGAAUCCUUCAGUCAGUGGUCUUAUCUUGGAAGCUGGAGGGCAGGGAAAAGGAAUCAAUUUUUCCUUUCCUUGUGCCUGGUUUGGCUCCAUCCGUGCUCACCUCUCCCACUCGUCUGGAUUUUAUAUAAGGCUCUGUGAGGUUGUGCCAGCCAGGCAGGGGUGGGAGUCUUGGGGAGCAAGAGGCAAAAGAUCCUGUUGGUUCAUCACUUGGGAACCUCACAAUGAGUCUAGUGGCCUCCCUGCAAAUGGAAAGAAACCUAAUUCCUCAAGGGAAGAAUCUCCAUCUCCUCCUCCUCCCGCCCCCAGGGAGACCUUGUAGACAGUGCCAAAAAACAGCUCCAACCCCCAGUGGCUGGGCAAGAGAGCCAGAAGCUGUCCUUCCUCCUCUACCUGAUCUCUUUGCCCAGCCCUGCCAAUACUGUGAAGCCCCCUUCCUGCUUGGCUUGGUUUCCUGGUGAUGGUCCUGCAGUCGUGGGCCCUGGGGGACCCCCAGGAAAAGGGCCUCGGGAGGGAAAGGACCAAGGGCAUCCCUGGGCCAAACUGUUCUCUCCUGUCUAUUGUUCUCUUUUCCCCACUCCUGUCUUCAGAAGGCUCCUUCCCAGGAUGGAAUGGCUGCCAGGAUGACCACAGCCCAAUCCACCAGCUCUCCCUGCGCCCUGUGUCUUAUUUCAAACAUGAGAAUAACUGUACAGUGUAAACUUACAAAGGGUUUUUAAUGGUUGUAGAUUGGAAAUAAAGUAUGUCAUAUGAACAGUU